AUGGCCGACCAUGCUAUGGAUAUCCCGCAGAUUCUCCAAUCCGCGAGCAUCAAUCGCAAUCCAGACCCAUCUCUUGACAUCAAUCCAGCCACCACAGCUUCGGAGAAACGACCCGUCGCGGUAGGCCCAGACUCCGAAACAAACAGCAUUGCCUCCGACGUUGUCCAUCCAAGACAAGUAAUUCGGCCGGUCCGCCGCCGACACACUCUUCCUCCUCUUCCGGAUCUGCGCUUUGAGCAGAGCUAUCUAGCCAGCAUUAAGGAUGCUGACACCUGGGGCCGAGUAGCGUGGAUUACUACUAGGGAUCAGGUACUUCUCCCUCUGAUCCAAGGAACCGUUUGGACACUCGCGCUCUCCGGCUGGCGUUUCUGGAACCGCAAUGCUUCAGUCAGCGGACACACCCUCGGCAGUCGUGUUCGCAGAUGGUGGUACGAAGUGAACAACUGGCAUCUGCCGCAAUUGGGCUCGACCAGAGAUCAUAAGCAAAUGUCGCAGGUUGAAAAUAAGUGGAGAGGCUGA